GUUCUAGUUGAAUUGUAUGAAGAGAAAAGAGCAACCUAGAAUCCUUCAACAUUACUUCUGGUAUUCUUCACUCUAGGGCCUUCUAGCUGUCAUAAAUGGAAGCCAUCCAACAAAUAGUAAGGGAAAAAUCUACUUUGUCCUAGCAUUGCUUUCCCCUGUGUUUUUGAUUUAGUUUCUUCCCUUCUCCCAACAUCCCUCUUUUUCCCUCAACCAAAUCCAUCUUAUUUUACUAUGAAAAAAUGCAUCGGCUUCUGGCCAAAAGGGUAAAAACUGCAGCUGGGCACAUGUGGACCACAAAUACCUAUUCGGUGCAGAAACAUUUUAAAAAUGAUGUUCAAAAUUGCAAGGUACAAUCCCAGACUUCAAUAAGAGCUCUAUCUAAAGCUACAGAUGGUCGUUUCUUUAGCAGAGCUGAGGAAAUGAAUUUACCUUUAGCUGUCAUGCUUCGAGACAUUAAAACUUCACAAGAUGUCCUUCUGAGCCAAUUGACCGACCUUGUUACUGCCAUGUCCACAAUCCAGGAAAAAAUUGACACUUACCAAAAGCAGAUGGAAGUGAUAGAAACCAGGGUGAGUAUGAAUGAAUUCAGGCAAUCCAAAAUGGCUCAUGAUAUCCUCUUAAUAAAAAAAGAUGUCAUUGUUCUGAAGAAGAUAGCCACAGAUCUGGAAGCUCAGAGUGCAUGCUCCACCUUGCACUGUGUAGAGAUUCCUGAUGGAGACAAGAACAGAGAAAUAGUGGAACUGAUUCAUGAUGUCGUGGGACCUACCACACAACAAAAUUCACCAGUGGCUACAGCUGAACUAGAGAAAGUCCAUGGCAUGUCAGAAUCUAGAGCCCACCAAGAUGAAAAAACUGGCUCCCAGAUGAUAAAAACUUUGAAGGAAAAUCAUCUACAAGAAAAGACAACAAGAAAUAUGAAGAAAGCAAAUUCAAAUAUCUAUGUUUGUCCAGAUUUCAGUACAUGGAUCAAACUCACCUUUGUCCACGGAAGCAAGUGGGGAUUUUUUCUCAGCGUUGCCAAACUGGAAGAAUUCAUCCAGUGGGUCCUUACUAGGCCAGCUGUCUUCCCUAGAAAGCCCCAGCUCAUAGCCCAAAAAUAUUAUCCAAUUGCUGGGCCUUUCACGGGCCUGACUACUCUAUGUCUAUCUGCUUUCAAUUACCUCUACUGCUUUUUUUAUUCUGUAAAAGAACAAGUAACUAGAAUGUAGAGUGUUUUAGAGAGUCUAUUAUCUCACGAUUUGACUGACAUGAAAUAAAUGCAUCUUGGUUGCCCCGGG